UUUACACAAGUGGGAAGUUUCUGUUAUGUCGGAGCCAAAAUGGCGGCGUGUGCAGCUUUCGCUACCUUAUUCGAGCGCAACAUGGCAGCUUCAAUGGAAGACGAGUUUGAAGAUGCGCCUGAUGUAGAGCCGUUAGAGCCGACAUUAAAGAAUAUCAUCGAGCAGAAAUCACUGAAAUGGAUCUUUGUUGGGGGUAAAGGUGGCGUGGGCAAAACCACUUGCAGCUGUAGUUUGGCGGUCCAGCUAGCAGCGGUGAGAGAGAGCGUUCUCAUCAUAUCCACAGAUCCAGCACAUAACAUCUCUGAUGCCUUCGACCAGAAGUUCUCCAAGGUGCCCACCAAAGUCAAGGGCUACGACAACCUCUUCGCAAUGGAGAUUGACCCCAGUCUGGGUGUGGCAGAGCUGCCUGAUGAGUUCUUUGAAGAGGACAACAUGCUCAGUAUGGGGAAGAAGAUGAUGCAGGAAGCCAUGAGUGCUUUUCCUGGCAUCGACGAGGCCAUGAGCUAUGCGGAGGUCAUGAGGUUAGUGAAAGGGAUGAAUUUUUCAGUGGUGGUGUUUGACACGGCCCCCACAGGACACACUCUACGUUUGCUCAACUUCCCCACCAUCGUGGAGAGAGGACUGGGCCGUCUCAUGCAGAUCAAGAACCAAAUCAGCCCCUUCAUCUCACAGAUGUGUAACAUGUUGGGCCUGGGAGACAUGAAUGCAGAUCAGCUGGCAUCUAAACUGGAGGAGACGCUCCCUGUCAUCCGCUCAGUCAGCGAGCAAUUUAAAGACCCAGAGCAGACGACAUUUAUCUGCGUGUGCAUUGCUGAGUUCCUCUCUCUGUAUGAGACGGAGCGUUUGAUUCAGGAGCUGGCAAAGUGUCGCAUCGACACUCAUAGCAUUAUCGUCAACCAGCUGGUUUUUCCCGACAUCGAGCGGCCCUGCAAGAUGUGUGAGGCCCGACACAAGAUUCAGUCCAAGUACCUGGACCAGAUGGAGGAUUUAUAUGAAGAUUUCCAUAUUGUAAAGUUGCCACUGCUGCCUCAUGAAGUUCGAGGAGCGGACAAAGUCAACACCUUCUCCAAGCAGCUGCUGGAACCCUACAGCCCCCCCAAAUGACUUUAAUGUUUUGCACUGAUUAAACGUGCGCACACACACACAAACACCAUCACAUCUCUCUGAUACAUAGUCCCUCUGGUGUUCUGCAUCCUCCCCAUCAUCCUCAGAUAUAGAAAUACCUGGCUGGUAACAGAGUCCACAUCUUAAUACACACGUUCCCCCUCUCUCUGUUUUCCUGGUCAAGUAAUAAUUGAUACGCCAUAUUUCUCCAGUGAUCUGUAAUUAAUGUCGGCCUUUUAAGUGGCCGUUAAGAAACAUAAAAGAGUUUUGAAUGUUUAUUUUGCCUUGUGGUGAUGGUGAUUGCGUUAAAGCAUAAGAAAAUCACUCAUUCCUGAUGUGUGUACAAGAAAGAAUAUUCAGAAUUAAUCUCGGCACAGGAAUGUACAUCCGGACUCUGAUUCAGCCAGUAUUGACCCUUGGUUGAACAGGUCUAGGAUCAGUGUAAACGUCUGUAACUGGUUCAGCUUAACCUGGCAACAUCUGACUCCAGAUCAGUGACAAGGUCAAGCUUUUUUGUUUCAGAUUCUGGUUAAUAUUGAUAGUGUUCUUUAUUUUGUUCUAGUCAGUAUUGCUGUCGGUGGUUGAGAGUAGGUCCAAACCUGGUAGAUGGCACAUUUACACAGGUUAUGUCAUCUUUAGGAAAUGUUGUUAAAGGAAUAGUUCACCCAUUUAGCUUAUACUAUUAUUCACCCUUAUGUCGUUGCAAACUUAAAUGCUGUUUACAGCAUACAAGUUUUGGAUCAACAUAAGGGUGAGUAAAUAAUGGCAGAAUCAGUUUUGGGAUGAAUUAUUACUUCAGACUUAUCACAUUUAAUCCACUUCUAUUUGCCGUGAAGCAAACUGUAAUUACUCUGUACAAACAUUGUGAUUGAAUUUAUCUAAUUUAAUUUUUGCAGUUGGGUAAAGUCCUGUAUUUAUAAAGACUUGUAAUGAUUAGGAUCAUGUCUGUUCAGUUCUUCUAUUAUAUUACAUUAAUUUGAAA